AUCAUUAAUGAACUGUGUUUUUAGAGCGGGUAAGACAUUAAUCCCACUUUCUUUGCCUUCCCUUGCCACGUCUCACACACAAACACACGCCACCACGUACAAACAAUCUCACACCUCUGCCUCACACCAAGCUCAGCUCUGGCAGAAAGAAAUGGCCGGCAUUCACCGGACUGCGUUACAUUGAGAUCUGGUCGUGAAUCAGUCAACCAAUCAAGUCAUUUAUGGUCUACUCUCUGGAGGACCAGUGGUCUGAGCGUUACACUCAGGUGUAUUUCCAACCAAGAUGGCGGCUUCUUCCAACUACAGCAACGCCACCUCCAAUGAGAGCAUGUACUGCCAAUUCGAGGAGAACUUCAAAUACAUCCUCCUUCCUGUCAGCUACGCUCUGGUGUUUGUGAUUGGCUUAGCCCUGAACGCCACCGCCAUGUAUGUGAUAGUGUUCCGCAUCAAGCGCUGGAACCCCUCGACCAUCUACAUGUUCAACCUGACCGUUUGCGACACCCUAUACAUCUUUACCCUGCCCUUCCUCAUCUACUACUAUGCAGACGAGAACGACUGGCCCUUCAGCGAACCCCUCUGCAAGCUCAUACGCUUCCUGUUCUACGCCAACCUGUAUGGUUCCAUCCUGUUCCUCUGCUGCAUCAGCCUCCACCGCUUCCUGGGCGUGUGCCACCCGGUCCGCUCGCUGCGCUGGGUGAGUGCCCGCCGCGCCCGCCUAGUCUCCGUGGCGGUGUGGGCGUGCGUGCUAUUCUGCCAGGCGCCCGUCCUCUACUUUUCGCGCACGCGGGACAGCGGCUCGGAGAGGGUGUGCUACGACACGACCAGCCCCGAGCUCUUUGACGACUUCCUGCUGUACAGCUCGGCGGUGUCGGGCCUGAUGUUUGCCCUGCCCUUCAUGGUGGUGAUGGUGUGCUACGGGCUGAUGGUGCGGAAGCUUCUGCAGCCCGGGUGGGGGGGGGGCUCGGGGGAAGGGGGAAUGGGCGGCUUGGCGGCCCACAGGUCCAAGCAGAAGUCGGUGAAGAUGAUCGUCGUUGUCCUGGCGGCGUUCAUGCUCUGUUUCCUGCCUUUCCACCUCACCAGAAGCCUGUACUACUCCUUUAGGUACCUGAGGCAGGUCAACGCAGCACAGGUAAGCUGUGAGCUGCUGCAAGCAUCCAGCAUAGCCUACAAAGUGACACGCCCCCUAGCAAGUGCUAACAGUUGCCUUGACCCCAUCCUGUACUUCCUGGCAGGACAGGAUGUCCGUAGCAACCUCAAUAAGAUGAUGAAGACAUCGCCUAGGUCACCAGGAAGUGCGAACGUGGCCCUGUCAACACAUCUCUGACCAACACAGCCAAGUUGCUGUGUGUUCUGUUAGUCUUGUGCUUUGUGGACUGAAGUUCCUUAGACCUGCAACUAGUGUUUCAUUGAGAUGAAUAACACACACUGGUGAUGUUCCAAUGAAGAAAAAAAAACACCUUUUUGUUCUCUGUCUAUAAAAUGUGUCUUUUUGUCUAUAAAAUGAUCUCAGCUGUUUAAUCAACAAUA